AUGUAUAUGAUUUUGGACAAUAAGUGUCUGUUUAGUGGCGAUGUCUUCAUCAACAAUAAGAGAAAAGGAAAUAUUAUUUUAUCCAUUUGUCAAAAUAACAAUUCAAUGACGGGUAUUUUAGAUAUUGAUCGCCAAUUAUAUUCAUUGACUCAAAGGAAGAGACAUAAGAAUAGAGUAAAACGAUGGACAGAAUCGUAUUUCUUGGAACUGAUUCCUUACUCAACAGAUGAGAGAGGCAUUUGUGGCAAUCAUUUUAUCAAGACAAGUCGGGGACCAGAGGUCAGAGCGAAUGCCAAACCUAAUCAAAACUUUGGUUUGGUUACACUAAACAUCUCCGUAUCGAUUGACGAGUUGUUAUUUAGACACAGAUUUGGUCUCGACAUGAAAGUGGCCGAAGAGUUUGCGGUCAUUCAUAUGGCAUUCCUUCAGAAGCUGUUAAAUCAACGAAAUCUAAUAGAUGUGAUCAACAUUACGCUUGUCAUCACUGACUUUUCAAUAGCACCCUAUUAUGAGACCCACAACUGGAGUACAACAGAUUAUUUGCAACAUUUCUGCCGGUGGUCUGAGGCCGCGAAGAAAGCAGAUCUUCACGUGUUGUUCACACGAUCUAAUCUAUGGAUGAUUAACAAUAAGGGCAUACCUGAGACCAAUGUGUUGGGUAUGGCGUACACAGAAACCAUGUGCAAAUGGCAAAAAUGUAUGAUAGUAAAGCAUCUUGAUGGUUUUUCGUCACUUCGCACACUGGUUCACGAGUUCGGACACUUUUUGGGGGCCAAUCACGACGGUUCUAAGGGUCUCGGGACUGACGCCUGCGAUGCCAGGAGUUUCAUAAUGAGUCCAUAUCUCGGGGAUAGCCGUAUGACUUGGUCUGCGUGUAGUCUCCGGCAAGGCCGCGGGUUAUAUUGCAUGCGACGGUCUGCGGAGCCGAAGCCACUCCGCGCCCAACUGGACAUAACCACAUUUGAGGCCCGACAUCCAGGAAUCAAUUACACGGCAGACAAACAGUGCAAAUAUAUAUACAGCGAUAAAUACACACAUUAUAAAGACGAUAGUGUCAAAUAUUUGUUUGAGUCUAAAGUGUGCCAACAAUUGGUUUCGUUUGAGUACUUCGGGGGCUCUCGAGGGCACCAGUUGUGGACCAAACAGAAUGUGUGACCGAGAGAUAUGUC